UAUUGUCGGGUCUGCCUGAAGUCGCGCGAUAUGAGAACGAACGAGAUCCCGCGCCUCCCUUUCUCGCGGAACUCUCAGCAAGAUGGCGGAUGCCGAGAUCAAGAAGAAGCGGACCUUCAGGAAAUUCACCUACAGGGGCGUUGAUCUGGACCAGCUUCUGGACAUGUCCUACGAGCAGUUGAUGCAGCUGUACUGCGCCCGUCAGCGGAGGAGGCUGAACCGUGGCUUGCGCCGUAAGCAGCAGUCGCUCCUGAAGCGUCUGCGCAAGGCCAAGAAGGAAGCUCCGCCCAUGGAGAAGCCCGAGGUGGUGAAGACCCACCUGAGGGACAUGGUCAUCUUGCCCGAGAUGGUCGGCUCCAUGGUUGGCGUCUACAACGGGAAGACCUUCAACCAGGUUGAGAUCAAGCCCGAGAUGUGUGGCCACUACUUGGGCGAGUUCUCAAUCACCUACAAGCCGGUCAAGCACGGUCGUCCUGGUAUCGGAGCCACGCACUCUUCCCGUUUCAUCCCUCUGAAGUAAAAUGGCCGGAUGCUUUGUAUAAAUAAAAACAAAAAACGUGUACUCCACCAAA